AGACUCUGGCAAUGUUUCUCUAAACAGCUCUAGCAUGGUUUCAGUAGCGUUAGUGCGAUAUAAUUAUUUCCCACCCACUUUUUUUCCAUUCAAGGCUUUAGUAUCAGUCCCUUUAACCCUGGAUGUAGGAACAGAAGUGAUACAAGUAUCUGCGGUAGAUCAAGAUUCUCUUGAAAUGAACAACAGUGUUGAGUACUUCAAUAGUGGUGGCAACGGAUCUCUUUAUUUUCAGGUUGAACAUAACAGUGGAAGAGUACUGGUAAAUAAAACUUUAGCAAAUAGCCUUAAUGUCACCCUAACACUUGAAAUCACUGCAAAAGAUAAAGGUCUCCCACCUCUUGCUGCACAAACUGAAAUCAGUUUUGAAGUUACACAGGAGAACCAGUUUGCACCUCAUUUUCUCAACAGCCAAGUCGAGUUUUUUGUUCCAGAGGAUUUGCCUGUGGGAUCAGUUAUUGGAAAGAUCCAAGGCAAAGACAAGGAUGUUGGUGCCAAUGGUGUUAUUUUUUACUCUUUUGAUGGUGGAAAUGAAAAUGGUUUGUUUUCCAUAGAACCCCCCUCGGGAUUGAUAAUGCUGGUUAAAGGACUUGACUUUGAGAAGUCAGAAACUCACCAUCUUAGUGUCAUUGCCAAAGAUGGAGGUUGGCGUCCUAAGAAGGGGAGACUUAAUGUCACAGUAUAUGUUACAGAUUUAAAUGACAACCCCCCUAUAUUUGCAUCCAAAGACUAUGUUGCCUCGGUUUUAGAAAAUGCUUUUAUUGGGACCUCAGUCUUACAAGUUUGGGCGAAGGACACAGACACAGGAAUUCACUCUCAAAUCUCAUAUACGGUUAUUGCAGGAGAUACUCAGCUCUUUUCUUUGGACAGCAAAAAUGGAUCUAUUACUACUUUGGAAAUUUUUGAUUAUGAAAAAAAUCAGCAUUUCGAACUUACAGUCAAGGCCACCAAUGUUGGUCCUCCAUUUUUGUUUGAUAUUGCUCGUAUAUACAUUCAGGUUGUUGGAGUUAAUGAGUUCAUCCCUGCUUUUCAAAGACAUCUAUACAACUUUUCAGUGUCAGAAGCUUUGAUGCCACAAACUGAAAUAGGAAGCGUCAUCGCUACUGACUAUGACCUAGGCCCUGAUGGAGAAGUGUUUUACAUACUUGUAGGUCAAAGUAAAAAAUCAAAUUUUGUAGUAGACAAGCAUACAGGAAAGAUAUAUAUCGCCAAAGAUUUGAAAACUCGCCUCAAAAAUGACGACGUAUUACAUGUGUUGGCAAAAAACAGAGGAGCCAUUACUGGGUUUAAUGUUGAUGAAGCAUUGAUACAUCUCCACAUAUUAGAUGAAAAUGAUCCACCUGAGUUUGAUUCAAUGCUCUACAUUGUAGCAGUGUCAGAAGAUAUCUUUAUUGGGACUUCCAUUACCAAAGUCAAAGCAGUGGACCCAGAUGUGAUUCUAGAAUGGAGCAGGUUCUCGUAUAGCAUUGAACAUGGAAAUAUUAAUAGUUCCUUCAUUAUAGAUCCAGUCAGUGGGGUAAUUUCUGUUAACAGUCACCUGGAUAGAGAGAUAUGGGCCAUCUACAACCUGACAGUCAUGGCUAUUGAUGAUGGUUCACCUUCUGUAACAGGAAGCACAAAGGUUGCUAUCACCAUUAAUGAUAUCAAUGACAGUCCUCCCAAACUGUUGACCACAGAAGGGUUUAUAAGAGAAAACCAGCCUGCUGGCACUCUAGUCUCCACCUUAACAGCCACAGAUGAUGAUCUUCCUCCAAAUCAAGGUCCUUUUACAUACUGGAUGAUGAGACCUGCUGAAGGCUUUUCUCUUACUACCGAGGGAGUUCUGGUUACCUCAAAACCCUUUGACCGGGAGCAUGAUCCUCUUUUUAACAUGCAUAUUGUGGUUCAAGAUGCUGGUAAGCCACCAAUGUCCUCCACCACUUUGUUUCAUAUUAAAGUUCUUGAUGAAAAUGAUAAUGCACCAGUUCCGAGAAACAUUAAUAUAUUGGUCAAAUAUUAUGGAAGUUCCUUCCCAGGAGGGCUAAUUGGAAAUGUGAGACCGACUGAUCUGGAUGAACUGGAUGUGUUCAACUGUACAAUCAGAAAUGGCCAACCCAGGAUGUUUAGUUUCCCUUUUGGGAUGUGUAAUUUGUGGUCCUCCCCAUACCAAGGUGAAGCAACUUAUAAUAUUUCCGUUGAAGCAAGUGAUCAGCUGCAUCCUUCAGUUAACAACAGUAUUUACGUCAAUUACAAAGGCUUUACCAACGUCUCUCUGGACAACUGUGUGUUGUUUUACAUUUCUAUAUCUACUCUUGAGGAGUUUCUGUCUUUGAAGUAUUUAAAAUUUGUUAAAGCUUUGGAUAGUCUUUUUAACCUACAAGCCUCCAAAACGCAUGUAUUUGGAAUGAAGCUGCAAGGAGAUAAAAUGCUGCUUCUGGCUGCAGUGAAAAGCUACAAUGGUCAAUAUCUAACUGGAGAAGUGGCAAGCGGAAUAUCAAGCAUGCAUAAAAAGUUACUGGAAGCACAAAGCAAUGUGACUAUAUACCAAAUAACCAGCAACCCCUGUAUGCUCCGUCCUUGCCAUAAUGGUGCCACCUGCAACAGAAACAUUCACAUCGGUCAGGAAGUUGCUGUGUUGGAAAGCUCCAGUCUUAUAUUUGUGUCCCCAUAUUUCGUGGAGAUCUUUAACUGCUCCUGCCCAACAGGAUUUACAGGUGAUGCAUGCGAACUGGACUUUGAUGAAUGUGCCAAGGAACCUUGUGAAAAUGGGGGAAACUGCUACAACAAUCCAGGAACUUAUUUUUGUCAAUGCAAAGAAGGAUUCUCCGGACCACACUGUACUAUAGUUGAUAAUGAAUGUCAAACAGUGGUGUGCUUAAAUGGUGGAACAUGCUGGAACAGACAGGGAGGGUUCAUCUGUGAUUGCAACCCAGGGUAUGAAGGAAGAUUUUGUGAUCGUAUUGUUGACCACUGUGUUUCCUCUCCUUGCAUUUAUGGGAAUUGCUCCAGUUUAUUUACUGGUUAUUCCUGCCAGUGUCCAUUUGGUGUGAGUGGAGUCAACUGUGAUGAACAGAGUUAUGGCUUCCAGGAACUAUCGUAUAUUGAAUAUCCUCCAUUGGAUCCGCAAUAUAACUUCAUCUAUCUGGAAUUUGCAACCGUGCAGCAAAAUGCUCUGCUUUUGUACAACCAUGGCAAGCCAUCAACUUCAGACUUUCUGGCUCUUGAAAUCCUGAGCGGAAGGCUGUUUCUGUCUUAUGAUCUUGGAUCUGGGGUGAUACGAUUGGAAACAGGGAAGACCAUAGCUGAUGGAUUAUUUCACAACAUCUCUUUAAGAAGAUCUGGAAAUAUGGCCUCUCUAGAAAUCGACAACUGCUCUGUCUAUGAACCUCAAGGCUUUUGCACACAGCAAACUGGUGCCACUGGAAACCAAAGGACUCUAGAAGUGAGCUCAAAUAACAUGACAUUUGGUGGUAUAAAGUCUAUUGAUGCCAUUUUGCUAAGGCAAAUCAGAACUCAUGACUUUGUUGGCUGUAUGAGAAACCUGCAAGUGAACAACAUUCGUCCUGAUUCAUUAAAAUCUCUGGCAUCCCACAAUGUUCUUCCAAGGUGUCCAAGAACACAUAUUCCUCCCUGUGAGGCUGCAGUGUGUUUGAAUGAAGGAGUUUGUCAAGACCAAUGGUCUCAUCACCGCUGCCAGUGCAGAGAUCACUUCACCGGACCCAGCUGUGCCAUGAAUUUGGCUGAGCAGCAUGUAUUGUUUCUCAACGGGGAGGCUUAUGUUGAGUUUGAUGUCAAAGAAAGCUACAGAAGAAACCAGCUUCUGCAAGCCAUUCUGGAUUCUGGGAAGGAAGGAGACUCUCUGGGUUUUGACAGUGUUGAAAUCAAGAUGAGGACUGUACGAAGAAAUGGUGUACUGGUUGUGUGUUGGAGUCAAUCAGCACAUUUAAAACUUAAGAUAUCAGAUGGGAAGCCUCUAUACAUGUUCACCAAUGUCACAUCUGGUCAUCAGCUUGAGCUGUCAGUGGAGGGAAAUGUGUCAGAUGGACAGUGGCAUGUUCUUCAUCUGCGCAGAAGAGGCUCCUUUUUCUCUCUGUUUCUGGAUGAUCGGCCUGUUGCAAACACCACCAAUGGCACCAUAACUCAUUCAGCAUUCCUUGUGGAGACCAUUUUUUUGGGCUCUGAUCCAGCGAGAGAUAUCCCAGAGAUCAUCCAAAACUUAGGUUUUAGAGGAUGUGUGGAAUACAUCAAAUACAACGGCCACCUCUUAUCCUUCAACGGCCACAAUGAUAUAGUUGAGUCCAGCUCCAGCCUGUCUGCCUUUCAGACCUUCUGUGUUUCUCCAAUCUACUGUGUUCUGACUCCGUGCCUUGAAGAUUCCUGUCUGUCUGAGCCCUGCUGGAACAACAGUGACUGUGGAUCUUCAUCCAGAGAUGACUACUGGUGCAUCUGUCUGCCCUCAGAGUCUUCAUGUGGAUCAUGCUCAUCCGACCUCAUCCAUAGUGAUCCCUGUUCUCCAACCAAAAAAACUGCCCCGUUAUGGAUUGUUGCAGUCGUUAUUCCCAUUGCCCUCAUUUUGCUGAUCCUAGUUCUGUGUUUUGUCCUCAGGAGACAUCAAAAUCAUAGUGAAGUUGAAAAGAAGAGUCAUAUCUACCUUAUGCCACCUAACAAACCACAUGGCAUGGAUAACCUGGCGUUUAGUUUAAGUCCCGCAGAGAUGCCAAACAUCUCAAAUGAACCAAACAAGCAGCCAGAUUUGAUUAAACCAAGGGAUUCAACGCAAGGAGUGGAACGUUUUACUGAAAGUGGUCCUUUGUGUCACGUCUCAGGUUUUGCAGGAAGUGAACUGGAGUAUUAUGAGAUUGACAGCACAUACUCGGAUGUGAUGAAGACGGAAGAUGAACAGGCAAAUGCAAAAGUUCCUCAAUCCACCAUGCAGCCUCAAAAUAAUCACAAACCAUCUCCUAAGCUUCAUCUGAAGACACCCGGAGGUGAUUUUCACCAAUGGCAGCAUCAAUCCCACUUGUUCUUCAAGAGAAAACUAGCUCCUGACCUUACAGGCCCACCGCAGUACCUAUCUGCUGAUGAGGUUGAGAAACUGAACACCCCACGAGAUGGCAAAAGACACUUGAAUCAGAAUUUGAGGGGGGGUCCUAUUCAGUCAUGCCGUGGUGGGCCGAUUGAGACGUCAUCGGAGAGCGAGAGUCACUGCUCAUUCACCGCUUCUGAGUUUGACUGUGAGAGAGAACUGUCCCUCAUCAGCUCACAUCACAAAGAUGAACAUCAACCUGAAGAUUUGUCCAGUGGACAAUUUAUUCUGAUGGCUCCUUCACCCUUCAGAGAUGUGCUCUCCACCCAAAAUCUGCCCUGUUCCUCUUCAUCUGACGGGAUCCAGCGGCUGGAGAAUCUGCUUAAUCUAGGAGUGCAUUUUCACAGCUAUGCGGAUGUGUUUAAGGAUUUAGCCAACUUACCGACCCAUCAGCCAACCGACUGUGAAUUUCAGAGUGACCAGGAGGAAAUCAUUUAAAAACUCGAACCCCAUCGUCACGGUCAACUCUGCUCUGCGUCUUAAGUCCACCAAUGUACAUGUCGAGCCACUGACUGGACAAACUGGUAACAGCAGAAAAGCCAGCCAUACGGAGGUAAUUGGUCAGUGAGAAAGAACACUUUGAUCUUCCUCAUCCUCCAGACAGCAACAGAAAGCCCAGUAAAGGAGCCAAAAAAGGAAACAUUACGUGUGACUUCAGCAGUUCAACUGUAAUUACAUAAAGCUCCAAGAACACUUGUGUGACAUUGACUACAUUUAUAUGGACAUGAUUAUAUGGACAUGAUAUAAGGCAAAUGAUUUGCCUUAAUCUGAAUAAGACAGUAACAUGAUUAAGGUGUUUACAUGAGUUGCUUUUUGAUUGUUCCUUUCAUGAUCCUGAUUUACAUUUUAUUGCACAUAAUUCGAGUAACGUCAUUGCGUCAUCAUGCUAUCCACAUUUCCUCUGGAGUUUCAUGUAAUUUCAUGUGUUUCAGUUUUAAUUUGUCGACUUUUACUGCAACUUGGCACUUUCACUUUCAUUCAGGAACAUUUCAUGCAUGCCCACCAUGACAAACGAGAUAUUAGAUGUGAGUAUGAACUGCUGGAAGAGUGUUGUUUUAAUGGAAUUUGAUAAUGCAUAAUUUCAAAUUACAUAUAAAUAUACUACACACAUUUUCCAAUUUUAGUUAUUAACAAGAUUUAUUAAAAGCACUUUUACUACAGGAAGUGCAUAUACACAAAACAUUUUUUUGCAAAAAUGUUAAAGGAGGAGCACAUAUUAACUGUUUUAAUUGCUAUUCUAUUUUUAGAUUUAGAAAUCACUUUUAUAUACAUUUGAAUCUCUUUUUCUAGCACCAUGAAGAGAGGUUUGCUUUUGGCAAACUUGGAUUUAUGUGUGUGAAAUUUACAUAAUAUUAAAAUAAAGUUUAUAAUAAAAGCAGCAUCUUUUAAAAGAGUUAUCCUUAACAUAAAAACCCCAAAUAACAUAACAUAAUAACCCCAUGUUUAUAAGAUAAGGAAAAUGAUUUAAAAAUAUUAUGAGCAAUAAAAGCUUCAACUAUA